UCCCAAGGUUUUUUGAUUCAUGUCAAAAAUCGAUUUAUUUUUGAUUUUACUCUCAUUUUCUAUAAAUUUAAGUCUAGCUAUUGACGAUGAAUGUUACAUGACUGUGCCAGAAAUAGGAAAACACUUUGGGUAUGAAUCAGAAGUACAUUUAGUGAGAACAACGGAUGAGUAUAUUCUGGAACUUCACAGAAUCCCAUGUAAACAAAAUGAAAAAUGUGACAGAAGCUCAAAACGUCCAAUAGUAUUCAUGCAACACGGCCUCCUUGCGGACGGAUUCUCUUGGAUUCCGAAUCUAGCAAAUCAAUCGGCUGGUUUUGUUUUCGCCGAUGCAGGUUUUGAUAUUUGGAUUGCAAAUAGCCGUGGAACUCCUGCAUCACAAAAACAUAUUGGCUAUGGACCGGAAAAUCAGAAAUUUUGGAAUUUCACGUGGCAACAAAUGUCGGAAUUUGAUUUGACAGCGAGUGUGGAUUUGGUAUUGAAGGAGACAAAACAAGAGUUUUUAUAUUAUUUGGGACACUCACAAGGAACUAUGAUUAUGUUCUCAAGACUUGCAGAAAAUCCAGAAUUUGCAAAGAAGAUUCGUCAUUUCCAUGCAUUGGCUCCAGUUGCAACAGUAUCCCAUAUCGGUGGUCUAUUUGGAUUGUUUGGGACAAAGUUUCUAACUUAUGCAGAAAUCUUGCUCGGUCGACUUCCAUACUCUCCACUGUCAAUUCCGCGAACUGUUCAAAAAAUGAUAAGUUACAUGUGCAGCAGAUUCUUUAUGCAAAAUAUUUGUACAUUGGACAUCGGUUUCAUUGAUGGAAAUGAGAAAAUGUUCAAUCAAUCAAGAGUUGGUGUAUAUCUUUGUCAUACACCUGCAGCCACUUCUGUAAAAGAUUUGCAACACUGGAUUCAACUUGUCAAAUCACAGACUGUUUCUAAGUUUGAUUAUGGAACUGAUGGAAAUAUCAUUGAAUACGGGCAACCUACUCCUCCGGAAUAUGAUUUGACACAGAUCAACACACCAACUUAUCUCUAUUGGAGUCGUGACGACAUUUUGGCUGAUACUCAAGAUAUUCGAGACUCGAUUCUGUCAAAAAUGAAUAAAACAAUCGCUGGAUCACUGGAACUUCCACACUACAGUCAUAUGGAUUUUGUAUUCGGUACGCAUGCUGCAUUUGAUUUAUAUCCGAAAAUCAUCGAAACUAUCCAAGAUGACUACAACAAAUAUCGAAUCACUCGGAUGCACAAAUUGAAGAAACAUUUAUGAUUUUUCAUCGAUUUUUUUUCAAAAAUAAAUAAAACCGUGUUUUAUU